AUGGUGGCUGGAGUGGGAUUUCCAACAGUUUUAGAUUACUUCCUGUUAUUAUUAUUAUUGAAAGUUAUAAAUUCAGCAGAGGUGACGAGUGAAGGCAGACUAGAAGAUAUAGAGAGAGCUGUGAGAGAGUUAAGCGAAGCAUUUGAAAGGGAGAUGCAAACUCUUGAACAAAUGAUGCACCAAUCAAGAAGACUGAAUGUAUCUCCAGCUUCAGAUUAUAAUCAUGCAACAGAUGCACCUACACACACUCCAGCAGCUGGACAGACGAGUUUUAGAAAUCAAAAUAGUAGUGAGCCAAGUAUUGCUCAGAACAGUCGGACUACUGGUUUACUUUCUAACAGGAAGAGAACACAAGAAGAUUUUUCCUUGCCGUCACUAAGAAUACCCAGAGUUUAUUUUAAUGAUCACCAUGCUCAAGGACGGUGCUCGAACAGCAACGAGAACACAACAAAAUUUGAAAUGACAGCAGAAAUUAAUCAAUGGAGUUAUGAAGAGAAAGCCAAGUUUUUAGUCAUAAGCCUCAGUGGCAAAGCUAUCGAUAUUUUCGGUACUUUAAGAGCAGAUGACGUAAGAGAUUAUCAACAAUUGAUUUUUGCUUUGAAACAAAAGUUUGAUCCACCGCAGCUUGCUGAAAUGUACAAAGUGAAAUUGAGAGAGCGACGGAGGAGACCCAAUGAGAGUCUAUCAGAAUUUGCUUCUUCAGUAAGGAUUUUGGUCAACAAAGCUUAUCCUACAAAUAAUGAUAUUAUCAAAGAAAAGAUUGCUAAGGAUCAUUUUGUCCAGUACUUUGGAGAUAGUCAGAUGAGGAUGCUUGUAAGUCAGGGUCGUCCUCGUGACCUGAAUACAGGACUUCAUCAUGCCAUGGAGUUGGAAGCUAUUAAAUGUUCAGAUCCAGAUUCCAGAACAGCAUUGAUAGCCAAUGUCAAGGACAAGCAUGGUAAGAAACCCGUAGAUUCAGAAAACAAUGAGUUAAAUAAAUUAAUUUAG